AUGGGCGGUAUUGGGAAGACAGCUUUGGCUAAGUUGGUUUACAAUGAUAAAAAGAGCAAGGAUUAUUUUCAUGUGAGAGCAUGGUUGUGUGUGUCGGUUAAGGUUGACAUCAUCACUCUUCUUGCAAAGAUCUAUGAAUCUCUUGCUGGAAAGAAACCAGAGUCAGAAUCUAAGGUCAAUUUAAUUAAAAGUCUUGAAGAGAAGUUGAGAGGAAAAAAAUAUUUGCUCGUCUUGGAUGACGUUUGGGUUGAAGAGAGGCCAUACUGGGAAGAGUUUAGGACUUGUAUGUUAAAUGUAAACUCACAAAAUGGAAGUGGCAUUCUUGUCACUACACGGAAACUUGAAAUCGGAACUCACGAUAUGAUCAGGGAUUCGUGUCGUCUAGAAAGGCUUUCCAAUGAUGAGUGUUGGUCAAUCUUUAGAGAAAGAGCAUUUGUGGCAGAAGAAUCGCCUUCGGCGGAAUUGGAGGCGAUAGGUCGUGAGAUUUUGAAAAAGUGUAGUGGUUUACCGUUGGUACUAAAUGUAUUAGGUGGCAUGUUGGCAAAUUGCAGUGAUCCAGAGAAAUGGUUGUCCAUCAAAAACAGCAAGGUUUGGGAUUUAGAAGAAGGAAUGGGUAAAGUUCAAAAGAGUUUAGAACUGAGCUUUGAUAAUCUUCCUAAUUCUAUUAUCAAGCAAUGCUUUGUAUAUUGUUCCAUCUUUAAGAAAGAUACGAUCAUGGAAAAGGGAGAACUAGUUCGACUUUGGAUGGCUUUAGGGUUGGUUCAAGCUGAUGAGGCAAAAAACAAGGAGAUGGAGGAUGUGGGAAAUGAUAUUUUUCAAAUAUUGGUUAACAAUUCGUUGUUCCAGUUAGAUGUUAAAAAGGAUGGGUAUAGUCACAUCACUCAUUGUAGUAUGCAUGAUCUGGUGCAUGAUCUUUUGUUAUCACUUUCGACACAAGAAAUCUUAGUUCUGACGGGUGUGAAGAAUAAUGAUAUCACUCGUAUUCCUCAGGUUAAGCAUCUCGUUUUUUACCAAUUGUUUGAGGAAUCAGAAGGCAAGAUUUCUAAGCUCAUUGAAAGGGAUACAGUGGCUAGAAGAUUGCGUACAUUGUUCAUCGAGGGUGAAGUUGAGAAGAAAUUUUCAUUUCAACGAUUCAACUGCAUGCGAAUCCUAAAACUCAAAGGAUAUCAUAUACAUAAGUUACACGAUUCAAUUGGAGAGUUGGUGCAUCUCAGGCAUCUUGAUUUGUCAUAUACGGAGAUCUAUGUUCUUCCGGAAUCUAUUGGUAAAUUAUACCACUUGCAAACUCUAAAGUUGCCUUUUGGAUUCGAGCAGUUCCCAGAAUCCAUGAGAAAUUUGAUAAGCCUGCGAUAUUUCCAGGGUCACAUGGAGAUUCCCGCCAAUAUUGUAGGACACCUGACCUCUCUUCGAAAUUUGUCUUCCUUCACAGUGCUUAGUAGUAUGGGACAUGGUAUUGAAGUGCUACGUCAUCUAAAUAACCUUAGCGGAUAUCUCUGCAUUUCCGCUCUAGAAAAUGUUAGCAGGAAAGAGGAUGCUGUCAAGGCAGAUUUAGCUAGCAAGAAAAAGUUAUCCAAUAUUGGAUUCGAAUGGAGUGGGCACAAUAAAGGUGCCAACAGAAACAACAAGGAUGUAUUGGAAGGCUUGCAACCCCCUGGAGAUCUGAAAACAUUGACAAUUAAAAGAUUUUCUGGUGAUAAUUUUCCGGAAUGGGUAAUGAAGAUGGCAAUCAAUAUCGAAGGGAAAUGGACACCCCUUAACAACCUCAUGUCAAUCACAUUAUCUGACUGUCGUAGCUGCCUCUCUCUUCCGACACUUGAGCACCUACCACAUCUGCGGGAUCUUGUGUUGGAGCAUAUGGACAGCUUGACAUGCUUAAGGAGUUCUGAUGUUACUGGAUCAACGAAGCCUUUGUCUCUAUCGUUGAGAUCUCUAAAAGUAUGGAAUAUGAAAAGACUGGAAUGGUGGAUAGCUGGAGCACCCAACAGCUCAAAAAUGAUAUCGCAUGUCCUUGAGAAGUUGGUGAUUGGUUAUUGCCCAAAGAUUAUUCUCUUAGAUGAAUUCCAUCCCCACUCUCUUGUUUCCUUAGAGAUAUCGAACUGCAAUGGUCUAGUGUUCAUUAAGAGCAUACAAGGCCUAACAUCUCUUGAAUCUUUAUCUAUCAAUCGUUGCCAUAGUCUUUUAGGAAUAGCCAAUUUUUCUGGUGAUAAUUACCUGCCAUCUGCAAUUGAUAUUGAAAGGAAAUGGACUCCCCUUGACAAGCUGGUGGAGAUCAAAUUAUCUUUCUGUAGGAGCUGCCGCUUUCUUCCAAUGCUUGAGCUGCUACCACAUCUUCGGGAUCUUGUGUUGGAGCAUAUGGAUAACUUGACAUGCUUAAGGAGUUCUGAUGUUACUGGAUCAACGAAGCCUUUGUCUCUAUCGUUGAGAUCUCUAAAACUAUGGAAUAUGGAAAGACUGGAAAAGUGGGUAGAUGGAGCACCCAACAACUCAAAAAUGAUAUCACCUUUCCUCCAGAGCUUGGAGAUUGGUCUUUGCCCAAAGAUUAUUAUCUUAGAUGAAUGCCAUCUCCAUCCUCUUGUCUCCUUAAGUAUAUGUUACUGCACAGGUCUGGUGUCCAUUAAGAGCAUACAAGGCCUCACAUCUCUCAAAAUUUUAGUAAUUUCCAGUUGUGAUAGUCUUUUAGGAAUAACCAAUUUGCCCAACCAGUGUCAUUCUUUGAAGACUUUGAAAAUUACCAACUCCAGCAAAAUGAAUUCCUUGCCUCUAAAAAUGUUUGACUGUUUUGCCUUCUUAAACCAUUUGGUACUUGGUCCGUUCUCAAAGGAGCUCAAUUCUUUCCCGAGUCUCCAAGGCAUUGAGAAGUUAAGGAACCACCUUCACAAGUUAUCUUUGGAAGGUUGGGAUGAUUUGGAGUCAAUGCCAGAAGAAAUACAACAGCUCACCUCACUGACUUGGUUACAAAUACGUAAAUUCGGAAUACAAGAGCUGCCUAUGUGGUUAACUAACAUGUCAUCUAUCCGACAUUUGAGGUUCAAUGGUUGCAAUGGGCUAAAUAAAGAAACGGUUAAACGGGGAGCACCGCGUGAAGCAAAUUCUGUCAGCUUAAAUGAUUCGAAGGUGUACAUUAAUAGAGAUGUUAAUUAG